AUGUCCAAGUUUUUCAAGAGAGCUGUAGGACAUGACGGCAAUACUGUAUUAAUUUAUCCAAACAAUAAUGCUAGUCAAACGACAAGUUUAAAUCAGGAAGUCCGUUUACAACCAACAGAAUCAAUACGUGCCGCUAGACAUGGCAAGUCAAAAUAUGUAGAACGUCUCAAAACGUACCCUUUGGUCCAAGAGACUGUGGUGAUAAUUGAAAAAAUUCCUGUUACCAGAGUUUUAUAUGCAAAUACAAAACCAGUCGUUAAAGCCAUCUUGAAUUCAAAACCAGUUCAAAAAAUGUGCCCAGUCACACCUUUUGUAGAUAAUGUUGCUGUUCAAAGUCUAAAGCUUACCGAGAAAGUUGUUCCCUGCAUAAAGACUAAAAGGUAUCAAGAUAUACACAAAACCGUAGUGAAACCCGCCGUCUUCACAAAGAACUGUGCAAGGCAAAUUAUAAAUACUACAGUUAUGGCAGGUGACACUUAUUUGUACAAACCAGUGCAUGGCCAAAUUCUAAAUUUUAGAAAGUUUUAUAAUCGGAAAAUUUAUGACACCAAGGGUAAACCUUUAAUUAGAGGAAAUUUUGAUCCUUUCAUUUUACCUCUAAAUAAUGCAUUUGAAAAUCUAAUGUUGAAAUAUUUACCUAAUGCAACAUGUAUUUCUACCGAUGAUUUUUCAUGUGAAGUUGACAGAAGUGUAGCUUUGUCGUUUAAUUUCAUUCUAAAUGCUAUUCCUGCCAUUGAACAUAGAAAAAGUGAAUUAAUUUGGAGUCCCUGUAAUUAUGUUGCCCAUAUAAAUAGGGUAACAAACAAAAACUUAGAUAAACAGCCAGAUCUGUCAUGUAGACAUUGGUGGCCUGCUACGGUCACUACGUUCACGGAACUAGAAAGAGAGGCUGUCACAUACAUCAAACAAGACACGCCCGUACGUCUUUUUCUUAAAAAGCGCACCAGGCAAGAAAUUGCACCAGCUGUUAGUGCCACCGAAGAGAUACAAGAGGUACAAGAGUUACCGGCACCUGCACAUCCUGAGCCACAUGAAAUCCUAGUCAAUGUUGAAUAG